CGGUGGAGGCGGCGGCGGCGGCGGCGGCGGGCCAUGGCGGAGGUGGAGGCCGGCGGCGACGGGGGCCGCUGCGUGCGGCUGAAUGCCAAGCGGGCCCAGGAGCUGCUGGCCGACGUGGACACGGUGCUGUUCGACUGCGACGGCGUGCUGUGGCGCGGUGAGACGGCGGUCUCCGGCGCGCCCGAGACCCUGACGGCGCUGCGGGCCCGCGGCAAGCGCCUCGGCUUCAUCACCAACAACAGCAGCAAGACCCGCGAGGCCUACGCCGAGAAGCUGCGGCGCCUGGGCUUCGGCGGCCCGACGGGGCCCGGCGCCGGCAGCGAGGUCUUCGGCACGGCCUACUGUACCGCGCUCUACCUGCGCCAGCGCCUGACCGGUCUACCGACCCCCAAGGCCUACGUGCUGGGCAGCGUGGCCCUGGCCACCGAGCUGGAGGCCGUGGGCGUCUCCUGCGUGGGCGUGGGGCCCGAGCCGCUGCACGGCGACGGCCCCAGCGCCUGGCUGGAUGAGCCCCUGGAGCCUGAUGUGCGCGCCGUCGUGGUGGGCUUCGACCCACACUUCAGCUACAUGAAGCUCACGAAGGCUGUGCGCUACCUGCAGCAGCCCGGCUGCCUGCUCGUGGGCACCAACAUGGACAACCGGCUCCCACUCGAGAACGGCCGCUUCAUCGCGGGUACCGGCUGUCUGGUCCGAGCCGUGGAGAUGGCCGCGCAGCGCCAAGCCGACGUCAUAGGGAAGCCCAGCCGCUUCAUCUUCGACUGCGUGUCCCAGGAAUAUGGCAUCAACCCGGAGCGCACCAUCAUGGUGGGUGAUCGCCUGGACACAGACAUCCUCCUGGGCGUCACUUGUGGUCUGAAGACCAUCCUGACCCUCACUGGGGUCUCCACUCUGCGGGAUGUGAAGAGUAAUCAGGAAAGUGACUGCCUGUCUAAGAAGAAAAUGGUCCCUGACUUCUAUGUUGACAGCAUAGCCGACCUUUUGCCUGCCCUUCAAGGUUAAAGAUUUAGUGUCUUUAAUCUCCAGAAUAAAAAAAAAUUGAAAAUCACCCAAAUUAAUAGGUGGGGCUUAAGCAUCACUCAGCUAGGUGGCUUCAAGUUUGCUUACUUGGAGUUAAGCAAAGGUACUAGUUGUUAACCUUGUAAGUAAAUGUUUGGGGGGUUGGAUUUUUACAAAUGCUUAUAUUUUAAGAUGCACUUUUAAGCUUGGAGGGCAUUGUGGGGGUCCUGGGCCUUAGGUGCCAAUUGGUCUUGCAGUUGGGUUCAGCAUAUGUCUAGGAUUCAGGUAACCUUGGGGCCUGCUAAUGGGACUGAGGUGGGUCUAGGGGUGUCAUGUAUUUUAUUGAAAAUUUCAGGGAUCUUGGGGAGGAGGGGCUGAUUAUUUUGACUGUUGUGAGAAACCCAGGGCCCCGUCUGUGUGGUCAUCAGCAGAGGAGGCUACUGCUGCCUCAGCCCCUCACCUGCAGGUUGGGAGUGGAGGAAAGGGCUGGUCUCAGGUGGUGUCUCCCUGUCCAUGGGGUGUGGGUGCUGCCCUCACCACCACCCCACACUUCCUUAAAAACCACUCUGAUGUCACAAUUGAGUGUAUGUUCCGUUUUAGAUACCCAGGGCUGCAACUCCUCAUGCACGAUUGUGCAGUUCUGUAAACUCAGCCUGGCUAAACCUCAUCUUUUCCAAAUGUGCAUAUAAACCCAGGUGACUUGGACUGAGCAUAUUGUUUGCUGAGCGCCAGGAGGGUAUGAAUGCCUUCGUUGAACUCUGGGCUGCCGUGCAGGGAGCUCAGAGCAGCAUUGGUACCAAAAGUUUUUUUAACUUUUGAACAACUUUGUCAGGUGGUGGAAUUGAACCGUAAGCGUGUCGAUUAAUAGCUGUGCUCUGUCUUGUAGGGAAAAUCCCACUGAAGAAGUCUCCGUGCCCCGCAGCCAGCAGUAUGGCCAAAGGCAUGUGCUGGCUAAGGAAUGCUUGUCACCCAAGGCUCCCUCUGGGUAGAGGAGGAAAGAGGUGUCCCUCAAAACAGGAAGUCGUUUUACAGAGCAUCCAGUCUUUUCCUGUCUUGGUUGGGAUGGGUGUCAUAUGUCAAUGGUCCAUGAGGCCACCUAUUUUGACCCUGGAGUCCCUUGUCAGUUGCCAUCUGGAGGACUGGAAGGGUCCACUGGCUAGCCAAGGGUUUUUGGCAGGGGGCCGUGCUUUUUCUGCCUGUUCCCUAAGUUGCUGACCGUUGAGAAUAGGCCUGAUAAGCAGACUCUCUGGCCGCACUUGUAGGGUAGGGCCUGGGAAGCUGUUCCUUUUGGCCGACUCCUUCCUGGCGCCUCGCCCUGCACCCAGUGGCAUCUGCCCAGAUCCUGUGACUUUUCUCCUAGCCCCAGGGUCACAGUGCUCCUUCAUUAACUCUCGUAAGAGUGCUCAGAGCAAUAAAGGGUGUCCUGAGCCUCCAGCUCCCCCCAGACCUGGGUGUCUGGGGUUCGGACUCUGCCGUGGGCAACACGAGGGCAGCGGGCGCCUGUGAGGUUGGUGGUGCUGACGUUGGCUCUGCGAGGUCGGCUCAAGGUGGGUCAGGAUAUUGAGCAGGCCUGUCAGGGCGUUGUCACCCACACCAGGAACACGCGGCAGGUGCAGCAGCCAGCAACACCUCCCUUUUCUGCUGGGCGGCGGCCCGGGAGCCCUGUGCAUCAUGUCUACACCCCAUUGCACUGUGUGAACCCAAAGGUAUAUUAAACUCUCAAACCCCA